AUGGCAUCCAAAGAAUAUCCUUCGACCGUUUCUGGCGGAUGCCUUUGCGGCUCUGUUCGUUAUAAAGUGACCUUCCCAACCAAUCACGAUUGGAAGAGAGGCGUGAAUAUCACCUACUCAUUCCACACACACUCUCCUGCUAACACAUUAUUGAAGUGCUCAACAUGUCAAUGUUCCCAAUGCCGUAAAAAUGGUGGCUCACUCAUUGCAUGGCUACACAAGGUGCCUGCGUCAAGCGUUGCUUUCACCUCUCAAACGACACUGUCGCGAUACCAUGCGACCCCGGAUGCCGCGCGCGGUUUCUGCACCAAGUGUGGCAGCUGGCUAUUCUGGCGCAGCGAGGCGUCGAACUCGAUGAGUAUGUCGGUCGGCACGUUUGAUAAAGAGGAGCUCAAGCAGUGGGGUCAAAGGUUGUCGUACUCGGAGGUACACCUGUGGUCCGAGGAUGCUAUUGAGGGCAUCUCGGAUCAUUUCCCUGGUGAAAAGUGGAAGUAUGAUGACGAAGGGGAGGGCGCUGAGAGAAUCGGAUAG